AUGUCUCUGCCCAGACAGCUUCGAGAAGAGAGUGACUUUGACCAGCUCCCGGACGAUGUCCCUAUAUCAGCCAACAUUGCUGACAUUGAAGAGAAGAGGGGCUUCACCAGCUACUUUGUGUUUGUCAUUGAAGUGAAGACAAAAGGGGGAUCCAAGUACCUCAUUUACCGCAGAUACCGCCAAUUCUAUGCCCUCCAGACCAAACUGGAGGAGAGGUUUGGGCCUGAGAGCAAGACAGCACCAUUUGUCUGCACCCUCCCUACUCUGCCAGCUAAGGUUUAUGUUGGCGUAAAACAGGAAAUUGCCGAGAGCCGGAUCCCAGCCCUCAACUACUACAUGAAGAAACUCCUCAGUCUGCCUCCGUGGGUCCUGAUGGAUGAGGAUGUCCGGAUCUUUUUCUACCAGUCUUCCUAUGAUUCUGAGCAAAUCCCCCAGGCAUUAAGACGGCUUCGGCCUCGAACCCGGAGAGUCAAGAACAUCUCUCAAGCCCCUGGUUUCGACCGUCUGGGUGCCCCAUGUGCUGAGGCCCUAUUUGAUUUUACUGGAAACAGCAAACUGGAGCUGACGUUCAAGGCCAAAGACAUGAUUUUCCUGUUGAGCCGCAUCAACAAGGACUGGCUGGAGGGCACUACCCAUGGCGCCACCGGGAUCUUCCCAGUCUCCUUUGUGAGAAUCAUCAAAGAUUUCCCUGAGGAGGAGGAUGAUCUCACGAAUUGGCUGCGAUGUUACUAUUAUGAAGACACAGUGAGCACCAUCAGAGACAUUGCUGUAGAAGAGGACCUCAGGAGCACCCCACUUUAUAAAGAUCUUGUGGAUCUAAUGAGGCGAGAGUUCCAACGCAGUGACAUCGCUCUAAAUUACCGGGAUAGCCAGGGGGACCUGGUGCGGCUGCUGUCUGACCAGGACGUGGAGCUCAUGGUGAAACAGGCCUGGGACCAUCCCUCCCAAAAACGACUCUUCCCCUGGAAGCUUCACAUCACGCAGCAAGAUGACUUCCAUGUCUACAACACGGCCCCUUGAAGAGGGGUCCUUUAUUGGGGUGGGGCAGAAAGGAGGAUGAGAGGCCAAUGAGCCCCUUCCCUGGCAGCUUCCCCAUCCUGGGGAAGCCCAGCUCCUGAUGGAGCCCAGCUGGCAUCCUGCUCCCUGUGCUCUGCUCCCAUGCUACCUCCCCCAGCAUGAAUGAAAUAAACAGCUGAGAAUCUGCAGCAUCAGCCCCCAGAGUGGCCUUGUGCUGGAGUUAA